GUCAACGACAGCGGAAACUUGGCUACUACGUUGAACAAGUUUAGGAUAACGUCGACGAUCGAGACAGUGAUUUCCGACGCUGUAUGUGUUUGCGCAGGUCUGAUGUCUACGAUGAACACAACUGUCGAACAUUGGCAACACCAGUAUGGAAUCGCGAGCUUGUCAAGGCUUCGUGCCUGGACUAUUGCGCAGGCCAUCGGCCUUGUCGGGGCUAUUCUGAUCACACGCUUCUUCGUGAAGCUCAUCAACCACCGCCGCAUGUUCCAGCGACUCCAACGCCAAGGCCUACCUAUGCCUCCGCACGACUUCCUACUCGGUCACCUGGGGCUGGCGGCCAAGAUCGCAAAUAACCUUCCGAGCGAUUUUCACGGGCACUACCUGGCAGGUGAAAUUAGACGGAUGUAUCCUGAUCUACCGGCUGUUUUCUAUCUGGACUUGUGGCCAACUGGCCCGCCAUUGAUGAUCAUUACGACAAGUUACGACCAGGCUCGCGUGACGGCGCAUGAGCCGCAACUUCCCAAGCAUGAGGGCGUGCUGGGGUUCCUGAAGCCGCUCAUUGGAAGUCAUGGCCUCGUCACAAUGGAAGGAGAUGAGUGGCGGUACUGGCGAGGUGUGUUCAAUCCUGGCUUCAACGCCGCGCAUCUCGUGACGCUGGUACCGGGCCUUGUUGAGAACACGCUGGUAUUGCAUGAGAUCCUGCGAGAGAAAGCAGCUGCGGGCGAGGUUUUCUCAUUGUUUGAGACCAUGUCGCGUUUGACAAUGGAUAUGAGCUGUCUCGCUACGCUAGGCUCCCGUCUGAAUGCUCAAAGGCAGGGCUGUGAUCUGGUGUCAGCGUUUCGCAGUCAGGCUGACUGGAUCCCAUCUCCCAAUGAAACGAAUCUCUUUAGGAAAUUCAAUCCAUUGAGGCAUUUGGUUUAUCGCUACAAUCGGUGGAGAAUGGACACGUAUGUCUCGAGCGAGCUUGAGACUCAUUUUGCUGCGAUGCGCUCUCAGGCCCAACUUGGAAUGACCGAGUCCGAGAAAACGUCAGCAGUUCCGAGAAGAAGCAAGGCUGUAGUUGACCUUGCACUGGAGACGUAUCUUCUCUCUGAGAAGAAGAAUGGCAAUGUUCAUCAGAAGAUGACCAUGGAUCCAAAAUUCAAGCAGUACGCCGUCUCUCAGAUGAAGCUGUUUCUGUUCGCCGGCUACGACACAACAGCCGCGGCAGCAGUCUACUCCAUCCACCUCCUCUCCCUUCACCCAUCCUGUCUGUCAAGGGCACGCGAAGAGAACGACACUGUAUUUGGAGCAGGCAGCACUGUCGACGAGACUGGAAGCCGCAUCGCCGAAGCUCCCCAGCUACUCAAUCGGCUAACAUACACAUCAGCCGUCAUCAAAGAGGCCCUCCGACUGUACCCACCCGUAUCAAGCACGCGGGCGUCUGGUCCAGGCUUCACGGUGUCAGAAACCGAUAAUACGCAACUUGAAGGCUUCAUGCUUUGGGGCGUGCACCAUGCCAUCCAUCGGGCACCGGAGCACUGGGUGAGACCGGACGACUUCAUCCCCGAACGCUGGCUGGUCCCUCCUGGAGACGAGCUAUACCCCGCGGACAAGGAGGCGUGGCGGCCGUUUGAGAGGGGCCCACGGAACUGCAUCGGCCAGGAACUAGCGUUGCUGGAGGUGAAAGUCAUACUGGCCAUGGUGCUGCGGGAUUUCGACUUUGCAGACGCUUACGUCGAGUACAACAGGAAGAUCGGACGGAGGGGUCCCACUGAAGUGGCCGGGGAUCGUGCCUAUCAGAUCAUUCAUGGAAGCACUAAGCCCAACAACGGGUAUCCUUGCAGGAUCAAGCAAGCCACCGUUAUGUCUUAG